UCUGUGCAAACCCUUGCAAUUUCACAAAGUCUAAAAGCCUUUUUGGGUAUCUUUACUCCAACAAUGGCGGCUACACACCUUGUCUCACACUCUCCAUCACUUCACAAGUCCCUCAAAUACCCAUCAAAUGCAUCACAAAAACUUUCUUUUUUCAAACCCAAUUUUCCGUUGAAGCCCAUUUCAAGAAAUCUUAGCAUAAGGGCAUCUGUAUCAACUUCUGAGCCCCAAACUCAGAAAUUUCAGCAUUGUUUCAAGAAAUCUGAAGAUGGGUUUUUGUAUUGUGAGGGUGUUAAGGUUGAAGAUGUUAUGGAGACCGUGGAAAGACGACCCUUUUAUUUAUAUAGUAAGCCCCAAAUUACUAGGAAUGUUGAGGCUUAUAAGGCGGCUUUAGAAGGUUUGAAUUCGAUUAUUGGUUAUGCUAUUAAGGCCAAUAAUAAUCUCAAGAUUUUGGAACAUUUGAGGGGCCUUGGCUGUGGAGCUGUUUUGGUUAGUGGGAAUGAACUCAAAUUGGCACUUACUGCUGGAUUUGAUCCUACCAAGUGUAUUUUUAAUGGAAAUGGAAAGCUGUUAGAGGACUUAGUGCUAGCUGCCCAAGCAGGUGUGUUUGUAAACAUCGACAGCGAAUUUGACUUGGAUAACAUUGUAGCAGCUGCAAGGCUGGCUGGGAAGAAAGUUAACGUGCUACUCAGGAUUAAUCCAGAUGUGGAUCCCCAGGUUCAUCCUUAUGUUGCCACCGGCAAUAAGAGCUCCAAAUUUGGCAUCAGAAAUGAGAAGCUGCAAUGGUUUCUAGAUGCUGUCAAGGCACAUCCUCAGGAAUUGAAACUUGUUGGAGCUCAUUGUCAUCUUGGGUCAACUAUCACCAAGGUAGACAUUUUUCGAGAUGCAGCUGUCUUGAUGGUGAACUACAUUGACGAAAUCCGAUCUCAAGGAUUUGAAAUUGAUUACCUGAAUAUUGGAGGUGGUUUAGGGAUUGAUUACUAUCAUGCUGGAGCUAUCCUUCCUUCACCUAGAGAUCUUAUUAAUACGGUACGAGAAUUGGUCCUUUCUCGAAACCUCAAUCUCAUUAUUGAACCUGGAAGAUCACUAAUUGCAAACACAUGCUGCUUGGUUAACAGAGUUACUGGAGUUAAAACCAAUGGGACCAAAAACUUUAUUGUGAUUGAUGGUAGUAUGGCUGAGCUUAUACGUCCAAGUCUUUAUGAUGCUUAUCAGCACAUAGAGCUUGUUUCCCCUCCACCUCCGGAAGCUGCAAUUGCGAAGUUUGAUGUUGUUGGUCCUGUAUGUGAGUCGGCUGAUUUCCUGGGGAAGGACCGUGAACUUCCCGCCCCUACUAGGGGCACUGGUUUGGUAGUUCACGAUGCAGGUGCUUACUGCAUGAGUAUGGCAUCAACUUACAAUCUGAAGAUGCGCCCACCAGAGUAUUGGGUGGAAGAAGAUGGAUCACUGUCCAAAAUCCGUCAUGGGGAGACAUUCGAAGACCAUUUAAGAUUCUUUGAUGGUCUGUAAAAUUAUGGUUUCUUUUAAGCACUUAAACAUGACAGGAUGUGAAACUCAGAAAUUCCUCUGGUAGUUUGGUUCCUGUCAAUGUUGACAAUUCUGUAUUCUGAUUGUUCCAAUUAAUGGAUUUUCCCUA